ACAGGCAGCGGUAUGACGUCAUAUUUAUGAGACGCUAUGUGAGUCCCGUGCUGGUUACAGGAUGAAGGUGAGAGAAGAAUGAAAUCACAUAUUUAAUGUCCUGUUCUUCACCUCUGCCUCAUUGAAUCGUUUACGCAGCGUCUUGACACACAGAUCACCUAACGGCUGACGUCACACAGUCACCAUGGUGACUGUGGGAGUGUCUUUGAGGUCUGUUGUCCUGCAGCCCCGCCUCCUCCAGCUUUCUGCACAAGGAUUCUGUUUUACUGCAUUGAACAGGAAGUCGCCUCUACCUGGUCACGCCUGCUCUGUACCUCAAUCUACGGGAUUCACUUCAGUCAGGUGUCGAAGGAACAUGUCAGGAAUCUGGACGCCGUCAGGGGUCUGGGCGGCGUCAGGUGUGCUGAAGCCAUCCGGUGUGUGGACUCCAUCAGGUCUGUGGACGCCGCCGGGUGUCAGGAGGUUCUCAGGUGUUGCCGGUGACGACGGUGCGGGCGGCUGGUACAGCGCACUGUCUGACUCGCCUCCGGUUCACCUGUGUGAACACUUCCUGGUGAGCGUGCAGCAGCUGAGUGGGCUGCCGUGGUGGUUGAGCAUCGUCGCGGCAACGCUUUCAGUCAGAACUCUCAUCACUCUGCCACUCUCCGUCUACCAGAUGGUUAUCAUUGCCAAGGUGGAGGCGCUGCAGGUGGAGAUCUCAGAGCUGGCAAAAAGACUCCGGUAUGAAGUUUCAGUCCGAGCGAGGGAGAGAGGCUGGACAGAGAAACAGAGCAGGUUCCAGUUCAAAAAGAAUCUGCGUCGGCUGGUCUCGGAGCUCUACGUCAGGGACAACUGUCACCCCUUCAAAGCCAGUCUGCUGGUCUGGGUCCAGAUCCCCCUGUGGAUCAGUCUGUCUCUGGCCCUCAGGAACCUAAGUCUGGAUCAGUCCGGUCUUCAGUCUGGACUGGCAGCAGGGGGCGCUCUCUGGUUCUCUGACCUCACGUUACCGGACCCCACCUGGAUCCUCCCGGUCUGCCUGGGACUCACAAACCUGCUCAUCGUAGAGGUGUUUUCUCUGCAGAGACUGGAGGCGACGCGUUUUCAGAAGUAUGUGACAAACAUCAUCCGGGCGCUUUCAGUCCUGAUGAUCCCGAUAGCUGCAACAGUCCCCUCAUCCAUGUCUCUGUACUGGUUUGUGUCCAGUCUGGUCGGAUUCAGUCACAACCUCAUCCUCCGAUCUCCGUCAGUGCACAGACUCCUCAAACUGAAAACGACAAGAUCUGAAACUCCGUACAGCGAUCUGUUGUCAGCCUUCCUCAACAAAUACUUCAGAUAAACACAACAACACAACAUGUACACAGAGUCCAGAGAGCUGCUGUCAGCCAAUGUCUGCAGGGAAACACAAUUACACAACAUCUACAUUCUCUUCAGAGAGCUGCUGUCGCCUUCAUGAACGAUUACUGCAACAAGUACACACUGUACACAAAGUGUAACUUUGAACAUGAACUGAAUCAAAGUACAAUGUUAUUAAAGUAUGAAAACUGUGUAACUGUAAA